UUUUUGCUGUUGGAUUCACUGUGACAUUGGUGGAACUGUCCACCCCCUCGAAUCGUAAUGGCACUGCCCGUCUGUUCAUAAUCCACCAUGAAUCAGAAGUACUUUUGACAAUGUCUACUACUGAGAGACAUUUAUGGUCACCUUAGCAUUGCUAAAACAUUUCAUAGUAUGGUAUGAACGGUCUAGUGUGAGUGUGCCCUUGGUCCACAGAUUGAGCUCAAACUCAAGCUGUUUUGAAGCUCAAGAUCCUGAUGGAUGCUAUUAUCAUGUCGAGGCCCAUUUUUGUCCCAUGUUUCUAUCUUGGGACUGAUGUUUUGAUUGUAGUUGUCUUUUGAUUGGGUUUUCUAUGCCGGUUUUCCUCACUAGGGUCGCUGGGGCAUGCUGGAGCCAUCCCAGCCGACUUUUGGCUGAGAGGCAGGGUACCGGACUGGUCGCCAGCCCAUUGCAGAACACAUACAGUAUAGACAAACAACUAUUCACACUCACAUUCAUACCUGGACAAUUUAGAGUCACCAGUUAACCUAACAUGCUUGUUUUUUUGGAAUGUGGGAGGAAGUUGGCGUACCCGGAGAAAACCCACUCACGCACGAGGGAGGACAUGCAAACACCACACAUAGAUGUCACAGAGAUUCGAGCCCAGAUCUCCAGACUGCUAAUUACCACAAGAAUUAUGAAGAGUUAUUCCAGCAGAGAUGGCCUCCCAACCUCUCAUAGACUGGGAAAAUGGUCUCUGUGAUUGUUUUCACAGUGCAAAUACUUGCUGCUAUGGUUUCUGGUGCUGCCCCUGCAUGGCAUGCACAGUUGCAGGGAGACAUGGAGAGAACCGAUGUCUACCACUGUGCGACAUCUUCAGCCCUGCUCUGUGCUCAGCUUUGGGGAUCCCUCUGUUUGUGCCCCCUGCCGCCUUGUCCCUGAGAACAUCCAUUCGCAAAACAUACGGUAUCAAGGGGUCCAUCUGUGAGGACAUUGCCGUUUCCUGUUUCUGUAUGUGGUGCAGCUGGUGUCAGAUGCACCGUGAGCUUAAAGACCGAAACAAAACGACGCCUGUCAUGAAUGUUCCCCAAACUGCCGUUCAAUAUCCUGCUCAGAUGAAGGAGGUGCAGACAAGCCCACCUGGUUAUUAUGUUCCUCACCAGGUCCAGCACCAGUAGACAAUGCACCCAUGCAGCUGUAAUGUCUACUUGUUUUCUCAAGGAUUACCAAUACUUUUUAAAAGAAUUGUAUUGUAAUUGGUGAUGGAAAAAUUCUGAAUUAUACACAAUAUAUCUAUGUGUUUGCAAGAGCUCAUGACAGGAAGUAACAAGAAAUUGACACAAGCGUUAAAAAGACAGUGGAAAAUGAUUUAAAAUCACCGAACCAAACUAGAAAAGAGAAGGCUUCCCAUUGGAAAAUUACUCAGCUGAUAUGCUUGUGACAUGCACAUUGCCUCCUUUCUACAUCAAAUGUUUAUGACUACAUUCUGUGCAUUUAAUGAAUUGUUGUACCCACUGUCGACCCUCGCCACAUCGCGGUUUGAAUUUUGCGGCUUCACUCUAUCACAGUUUUUCAAAAACAUUAACAAAUAAAUCAUGCUCUUUUGUGGCUGAAUACAGCCCAUUACUAGUCCAAAAAUAUGCAUAUUUAAGCACGUUAGGUAUUUUUUUUAACCUAAAUUAAGCAUUUUCAAGCAUAAAAAUGAAUGGAUGAACUAAAACACAAAGAUAAGGCAUUCAGAAAAUGCAUUCAAAGACGCUGUGAAUGAUAUGUAGUAUUCUACACUGGUCACUAGGUGUCAGUAAUGUUACUGUAAUGUUCGGUGAGACACUCAAGGAGCAGACUUGAUCGCCGGAAUAACAGGCUUUUUCUGCAGGUUUGAAUUCUCACAACAGACACAAUGAAAUAAAAGAUGAAAAUUCCUAAUAAAAGUAUGGGCAACGUUUGCGUCCAUUAGCCACAUAAAGCUGAAAUUCAACUCUCAACCGCCGACAUCACUUCCUGUCCGCCUCUCUUUCAGGUCCUAUAGGGAACACAUUUAUAGUAACACACGCGAGCAUGAAUCUUAUUUAUGUCUUAAAUAUAAAUAUAAUAUAAAAAUAUAUAAAUGACACAGAACUCCUCCUGUAGGCAUCAACAAAAGCCCGCAAUAGUUAACUUCCUGCUACGUGCGGUUC